CUUUAAAAGCCGCUAGUGGCUCAUCCAUCACGCACACGCUGCUCCCGCUGUAGACACGGACACAUCACAACCUGAUACGGGAGAUAUCUGGACCAUCACGUUCUAUUACGACCAUGUGGCUCCUCGGGAAGAUCAGGGAGAACGUGGAGAGCGUUCCGCUGGAGCUCAGUCGUUACAUGAGAAAGAGCGAGGAGGACGUCUCACCUCCCUCUGAGGCCAGUCUGCCUCUCAACCUCCACAGGAACGUCCUGACUCCAGACAAGAUCCCAGAGUUCUGUCUGCCCCCGCGGCUUCGCAGGAGAAGCCCUGAGACGGCCUCACCCAACCUGCCCGGCCACGACCCGAUGCAAGGGAGCGCAAAGCCCAAAGAGGUGGGGACGAAGCUCGAGGACGAGUCUGUGGCCGCAAAGAGCCACCUGCCGUUCUCCGCAGAGGUUUACGGCCUGGCUGGAAUAUACGAGGGCCUCAACACUCGAAGGAAGGAGUCCCUGUUCCACACAGGCUGUCCCGUCUACAUGUUUGACAGAAGCAUUUCUCCGGCGCCCAGCGUCCAGGCCAGAGAGACCAACAUGGGCAAGAGAACCCUGUCCGGAUUUCUCCCGCUGUUUUUAUCCAAGAGCCUUUCAGAGACGGGAAAAACCGAGAGCGAAGCCCCCUCUUCCAGAGACUCCACUCCCCUCAGCUCCCCUCACACUUCCACAUCCUCCCUCUGCAUCCUGUCAGCUGAUGGCCGCCUCAAAGGAGCGACUUCCUGUCCCUCGUUAACCGACAGCAGGGACGACAGAAAGAGGUCGAGAAGCCUGGGCUUCAGUUUGACGGCCUCCUCCAGUAACCCCACGAGCUUAGGCACAGGUUCUCCCGUCCGCUCGUUCCCACGCGAGCGACUGCAGAGCGAGCGCGUGCUGCGCCUGCGGGGUCGAGGUGAGGUGCGUCUCUGCGCUGAGCUCACCGCAGGCCCCGCCCACGGCCUCUCCACGGUCAGAGUGCGCGUGGUGUCUGCGGAAGGUUUACAGGACGCGGCCGAGCAACAGAGCCUGAGCUGUGCGGUCAGCGCGUGCCUCACGCCCGGGAAGCUGCAGCCGCAGAGGAGCGCCACCGCCAGGGGCCGCCGCUGCCACGCCUUCAACGCGGAGUUCUGCUUCACCGAGCUCAGCGCCGGGGAUCUGCUGCGGCUGCAGCUGAGGUUAAAGGUGGUGGAUAAAUCUGCUGCUGGCUCACUGAGGAGGGGGAAAGUGAUAGGAAAGCUCGUCAAGCCGCUGUCACAGUUAUUAUCUAUUAAUAAACAGGUAGCAGACACCGACAUCACUUUGACAAAGUGACGUUAUCUGUUUAUUUAAAGCAUAUUAGAUAAUGAGUGUGUUUGUGCGUAUGCCAUUUACUUCGUGACUUGAUGACACAAUGUUAUAGGUUACACACUUCCUUUUUGUUUUUCUUUGCCCUGUGGCUUUUUUAACUCAGUGUUACUUAUUUAUCCAUUGUGUAAAGCAUAUUGUAAGCGGGUUCCUUAUUUUUUGAAGUGGUCUAAAUGUGGUUUAGAAACUCCUGGUGCACAGGAACACCGCAUGGCGUUGCAUUGUUAAACUGUGGUGAACAUAGCACUGUAUUUUUCUGAGAUGUAAUGGCCAUUCAUUAUUUUAUUCUUAAAAUGGUAAUUUUUCUCACUUCAAACAUUUGAUGUUUUCUAUGUUCUAUGGUAAAUAAAAGAUUUGUGAAUCAUUGCAUUCUGUAUAUAAAAUUUUACACACUGUCCCACAUCUAUUGGCGAACCCAUGAUCACAGUUAU